AUGGUUAACCUUUCUGCCCCUCUCAUUCUGGGAGGAUUGUCCGCUUUAGCUUCGGCUCUUCCCGCCGCGGCACCAGCACCAACGGCUGCUCCAGAUCUUGCUAAGCGAGCAACUACUUGUACCUUUUCUGGCUCAUCAGGAGCUGCUUCCGCAAGCAAGUCCAAGGCUUCUUGUGCUACCAUCGUUUUAUCAGCACUUGCAGUCCCUUCUGGCACGACCUUGGACUUGACAGGCCUAACCCAAGGAACUAAAGUCAUCUUCGAAGGUAUCACCACAUUCGGCUACGAAGAAUGGUCUGGUCCUUUAGUAUCUGUUUCAGGAACAGAUAUCACCGUCACUCAAAGCGGUAGUGCAUAUCUCGAUGGUAAAGGAGCUUCCUACUGGGAUGGAGAAGGUUCCAACGGAGGAAAGACGAAGCCCAAAUUCUUCGCCGCACACAACUUGAUCUCUUCGACUAUUGAGAACAUCUACAUUCUCAACCCACCUGUCCAAGUUUUCAGUAUUGACAACGCUAAUGGGUUGACAAUCAACAAUGUCACCAUCAAUGCAUCUGCUGGUGAUACUGGUAGUCUCGGUCACAAUACUGAUGGUUUCGAUAUUGGAGACAGCACCAGUGUCACUAUCACUGGUGCAAAUGUAUACAACCAAGAUGAUUGUGUUGCUAUCAACUCAGGAACAGGUAUUACUUUCUCAGGGGGUGUCUGUUCUGGUGGACACGGUCUUUCCGUUGGAUCCGUCGGUGGUAGAGACGACAACAUUGUCCAGACGGUCAAUUUCGAAAACUCUGAAAUCAAGAAUUCGCAAAAUGGUGUCCGUAUCAAGACCAUUUCCGGUGACACAGGAACCGUCAGUGGAGUUACCUACUCAGGCAUCACCCUUUCCGGCAUUACCGACUACGGUAUCAUCGUCAACCAAGCUUAUAAUGGAAAUGCUGGUAGCCCAACCAACGGUGUUGCCAUUAGUAAAUUCAUCCUUGAUAAUGUCACUGGAACCGUUGAGUCUGGUGCUACCAACAUUUAUAUUGAAUGUGGAAGUGGUUCUUGCACUAACUGGACAUGGAGUGGUGUCUCCGUCACGGGUGGAAAGACCUCGACUUCUUGUCUCAACGUUCCAACUAGUGGUGGCGUCUCUUGCUCCUUGUAG